AUGUGCACAAAUCCAGGGGAGCGCGACAUUUUCGACGUUUUGGACUUCCUGGAAAAGGAGCCUAUGAUGCAUCAUGUAUUGCGGGAAUUUGUGAGUGAAACAAUAGAGUUUGAAACUUCGCUCCUAACCCGCUUGGAGGAGGCGGAGAGGAGGUUGGAGGAAUUCGAAGGGCGAAAUUCUCACGAAGAAAUGGAAGAGGAACUGGUACCUCAGGAGCCGGACUUUAAUGAAGAAGAGGCAGAGUUUGCUCCUCUGCCUAAAAGUGAUGAUGAGGCCGAAAUUUGGCCAUCCGGAGCAGAGUGGGCCUCUUUGCCAGACGAUGGAGAAGAAGAACCUGAGGUACCGGCGGCACCAAUGAAGGCGAGUGGCAUUAUAGAACCAGCAGAAUCGAUCCGUGAACUCGUUUUAAGAUCGAAGACGAUCCGAAUUCCGGUUCUAGCCACGCAAACGACGUUGGCUGCGGCAACACCGGAAGUAUUUCACCGCUCGGAUUUGCGGGAUCUUCCGGAACAACUCCGAAGAGAGUUGCAAGUGCCGGAAACAGAACCAUACACGGUGGUUCAAGUUGAAGGGAAUAAUAGCAUUG